AUGGCGGCUAGCAAAUCAAGUGAUACAAAAAAAAUUAACCCGGCAUCGGGUCUCCCUACGCGUGUAACUACAGAUCGACGUAUGAACAUGCAAAGAAUGCAAAAUGUCCUCCUGAUUUGGUUAGACAACAAUAUUAAUGAUAAUAAUGUUGAUUGUAAUAAUACAAUCAAGCAAUUAAAACGUGUCAUUAACAACGUAAAUACGUUUAUAGAUGGUGAACAAUGUGUUGAAUUUAUUCGAACUAUUAUUAACAACAAAGUAUGUAUGAUUGUCUCCGAGUCACAUGGAAAACAUAUUGUACCUCAUGUGCAUGAUAUGAUUCAAGUGGAUACCAUUUUUAUUUUUUGUAACAAUCAAGAAUGUGAUAAAUCAUGGACCAGAGAGUGGCCUAAAAUAAAAGGACUCUUCACAGAUGUAACAUCAAUCUGUAAAGCUCUUAAACAAGCUACUCAUCAAUGUGAGCAAAAUUCUAUCUCCAUCAGCUUUGUGGCACCAGACAAAAAGCUGGAUCAAUUAGAUCCAUCAUUUAUGUAUACCCAAAUCUUGAAAGAGAUUCUGUUAACUAUCGAUUUCGAAGCUAAUCAUAUUAAAGAAUUUAUUACUUAUUGUCGUGAAGCAUUUGUCGAAAAUGAGUAUGAAUUACAUAAUAUUGAAAAAUUCGAACGUGACUAUCAUGAUCAAAGUCCGAUUUGGUGGUAUACUUAUCAAUACUUUUUAUAUUCGAUGCUCAAUCAAGCAUUACGACAAAUGGAUGUUGAUAUCAUUAUUCGAAUGGGUUUCUUUAUUAGUGAUCUACAUCAUGAUAUUCAACGACUCCAUUCGGAACAAUUUCAUAGUCAAAAAUCUGGUAAAACACUUACAGUUUAUCGUGGACAAUGUCUUUCAAAAGAAGAUUUCACUGAAAUGACAAAAACUAAAGGUGGGCUUCUUUCAUUUAAUAACUUUUUAUCGACUAGUACAAAUCAUGAUGUUUCUCUCUGUUUCGCACCACAAGCUGCUACAAAUACUGAUGUUGUUGGAGUCUUAUUUGUUAUGUCAAUUAAUCCAACUGAUUCCACAACUUUAUUUGCUUCUAUUAGUGAUGUUAGUUAUUUUCGUAUGGAAGAUGAAGUUCUCUUCUCUAUGCAUACUAUUUUUCGCAUUGAAGAUAUCAAACCAAUGGAUGGAAAUAAUGAUCUCUAUCAAGUGAACCUAACACUGACCAACGACAACGAUCCAGAUCUUCGUACUCUUACUGACCAUAUACGACAGGAGACCUUUCCAGAUUCGAAAGGAUGGUUCAGAUUAGGUCAACUGCUAAUUAAAAUGGGCCAGUUUAUCAAGGCUCAAGAAGUGUAUGAAGUUUUACUUCAUCAAGCAACGAAUGAAAGUGACGGGGUAAAUAUUUAUCAUCAACUAGGUUGUAUCAAAGAUAGUCAAGGAGAAUAUCAAGAAGCACUUACAUUUCAUGCGAAUGCUCUUAGAAUUCGACGACAACUACUUCCUUCCAUUCAUCCUCAUUUGGCUAUGUCCUAUAACAACAUCGGUUUGGUGUAUAAAAACAUGGGUGACUAUCCAAAAGCACUUUCUUAUUAUGAAAAAGCCUUUGCAAUUCGACAACAAUCACUUCCUUCCAAUCAUCUUGAUUUGGCCGUCUCCUAUAACAACAUCGGUUUGGUGUUCUACAUCAUGGGUGAUUAUCCAAAAGCACUGUUAUCUCAUGAAGAAGCUCUUGCAAUUCGACAACAAUCACUUCCUUCCAAUCAUCCUGAUUUGGGUGCUUCCUAUAACAACAUCGGUAUUGUAUAUGACAAUAUGGGUGAUUAUGCAAAAGCACUUUCUUAUUAUGAAAAAGCCUUUACAAUUCGAGAACAAUCACUUCCUUUCAAUCAUCCUGAUUUGGGUGAUUCCUGUCACAACAUUGGAUUGGUGUAUGAUAAUAUAGGCGACUAUUCAAAAGCUCAUUCAUUUUAUGAACGUGCUGUACAAAUUGGAGAACACUCAUUACCAACAAAUCAUCCUGAUCUUCAAGGAUACAGAAAAAGCCUCGAGAGCAUAAAAAGCAAAUUAUAA